AUGGGCGAUUACAACACUAAUCAAGAUGGAGGUUGUGAAGAAGUACUUCAGGGCACCGUGCUGAUAGCUGGUGGUGGACCAGUCGGGUUACUGCUGGCUCGAGUGCUUUCGUUCUACGGGGUCAGGUCAAUCUUGUUCGAGCGGAAUAAAACUACAACCAGCUGGCCAAAGAUGGACCUAACUAAUGCUCGUUCGAUGGAACUGUUCCGAAAGAUAGGCCUUGCAGACGAUUUACGUCGUCAAGGUGUCCCUCCUCAUCUAGAUCAGCAUGUUCUUAUCUCGUCAGGUCUCUCCGUGAAGGAGCCAUUGACGCGUUGGGAUCUGCCCGGUGUCGACAAGUUUCGCCAACUUAUCGAGGAGGUAAAUGAUGGCUCGCAACCUCGUGAACCUUGGCAACGCAUGUCGCAAGCUAUCUUUGAAAGAUGGCUCCGCGCGAUAUGUGACAGAGAUCCAUUGAUUGACCUUCACUACGGAUGGCGUGUGGACAACGUUCAAGAAACGGAUGAUCAUGUUCGGACUAUCGUCGUGAAUUGCGACACCGGUGUCACCAAAACAUACGUGACCGAUUUUGUAGCAGGGUGUGAUGGCGCUUCCAGUAAAGUCCGAAGGUCAUUGCAAAUACCUAUAGACGGUGGACCUAUUCCUGCUUGCGCAUUGCUCGUUCAUUUCAAGUCUCGUGAUCUACAACGUCUUCACAAACAGGGUCGCUUCUGGCAUAUCUUCUUCUUACAGCCUCAUGGUGGGUUUGGUGCUGCUAUCAUCGCUCAAGAUGAAGUGGAAACCUUUACAGUGCAUUUGUUUCUACCUUUGGACGUCGACACAGACAAGAUUGAGUCCAAGGAUGCAGUUUAUCGAGCCUUGGGUGGUAUUUACGACGACUUUCACAUUGAGAUAGACGAGAUUCUUGUCAGGUCCGUUUGGCGACCCAACAUUGCCAUCACUCGGACGUGGCACGGUCCACAUCAUCGUAUCUUUCUGGCUGGUGAUGCAGCGCACCAGAACAUCCCUACCGGUGGUUACGGCAUGAAUAUGGGGAUAGGCGAUGCCUUCGACCUGGGUUGGAAAUUAGCUGCAGUCAUCAAUGGCAAUGGUGGCAAGGGUUUGCUGACUUCCUACGAAUUGGAACGUCGUCCAGUCGCCAUGCGUAAUGUGGAGCAUUCAGGUGUACAUUUCAAGGUCCAUCAAGACCUGGAAGCUAUCAUCAAUGGUGGAGAUCCAAAGCGCGUAGAUGCUACGACAGUAGAAGGUAUUGCUUUGAGGGAGAAGAUACACAACCAUUACCAACAACACGAUGGCGAGAACAAGGACUUGGGGAUUGAGAUGGGCUAUCGUUAUGAUUCACCGGUGAUCAUAAGGGACCCAGGUGAAAGAGAACCUCCAUGGGAUGUCCGCCGAUUCACGCCGACGACCUGGCCAGGAAGCCGUGCUCCUUCCCUCUUCCUCUCCGAUGGCAGUGCUAUCUACGAUAAAUUCGGCAAGCACUGGACCUUGCUUAGCUUUACAGUCACUGAAUGUGGGAAAGAUCACAUGGUGCAUGCUGCUCUCAAGCAAAGGCUUGUUCUCGAUGUGGUUGACCUUUCUCGUGAAGAUCAUGCUAGAGGUAUCUAUGAGAAGCCUCUCGUCCUCAUUCGUCCUGAUCAACACGUGGCCUGGAGAGCAUACGCCCUCGAAAAUCUCGAGACAGCCAUGAAGAUUUUGGAGACAGUCAGCGGCAGAGUCGAGGGCUCUUUGCCCGUCAUGAAGCAGCAGGAACAUGUUGCGUGUGCUUUUACUUCUACAAGCCAAACUAGAUCACAAGUCGAUGAAUUCACUCUGGAAAGAAUGGGCGACUUUCAAAGGUAG